CUGAGCCCGGGGCUGAGCGCGGGGCAGCGCGGCGGCCGCCGAGGCAGCAGCAGGCACAAAAGAAUGUUUUCUUCAUUUCCUUGGAUGGCAGAAGAACUGGAAUAAUCUCUGUGUGCAGAUUCUCAGAGCUUUCAUGCUUUCCCCAGAGCUGUGAUUGCAAACAGAGAAGGAAUGUAUAUACACCACCCACCCACUGGUUACUGCAAAUACCACUGUUGUGAGGUUCUCCUGAAACAGGCAUAGAUAGGAGCCAUUUAUCAUGCACAUGAUAGGUCUGAUGGCUACAUUGGAUCUUUGAUUGUGGUAUCCUCUAAAUUGCAACUGAAAACAAUGGCAACAGAAUGCAUAAAAAACUGCUGUAAACGGUGUUUCUGCAUGGAUAGAGGAAUGAAAGAUUCAGUUUCCAUGGUGCCGGGAUCUGAAGCAGGAGCUGCAAGCAAGCCAACUAUUGUAGAGAAGCCUCCAUUGUCUUCUGUGUCAGUGAAGCGUCAAGUUGGCUGUUCAGAGGAUUAUCUGCUGUCUAAACUGCCCCUGGAUGGUCAGGAAGUACCUUUUGUGGUCCCUCCGUUCAGAUUGGCUUAUGUACAGCCAAAGAACCUUCCUAGUAUCUCACAUGCUGGAGGUAUUCAAGAAUCUGCCAGAGCCUCAUUGGGUGACCGGAAAGCAGAAAUGCAUGGCAUGUACCAAUGGCCCAGCUAUGACGUGUACAACCCAUUCUAUUUGGAGCAUCGGAUUUCGCCAGAUCUGAUUAGGCGCUUCCAAGCAAAGUCUGAUAAUGGGAAAUUGUAUGGAUCAGUUAGUGAUUUAAGACCUAGUGCUUUGCCUGGCUCAUUUUAUGUCAGCCGUUCAAUGUUCGAUCUAAGAAGCCCACCUCAUCGAUUCAUGAAGAGAUAUGAUUCACUCUCUAGUGUACCUAGCAGUACCUCUUCCAGGAAGGAUUCGCAGGGCAGUAACAGGAGUCUGGAUACUAUUACAUUAUCAGGUGAUGAACGAGACUUUGGAAGACUGAAUGUGAAGUUGUGUUAUGUUUCUUCUGUAGAACAGAUUUGGAUCACAGUUUUACGUUGCAAAGACCUGAGCUGGCCUUCUAGCUGUGGGGAAAAUCCUCGUAUCUAUGUCAAGGGAAUUCUCACACUGCCCAAACCAGUGCAGUUCAAGUCUUCUGCCAGGGAAGGGUGCAAUGACAUUGAAUUUAUGGAAACUUUUGUAUUUGCUAUUAAACUGCAAAGCCUUCAGGCUGUCAGAUUGGUAUUUAAACUCCAGACACAGACUCCCAGGAAAAAAACAAUUGGAGAGUGCUCCUUGGCACUGCGGGAGCUCAGCUCAGAGGAGUCAAGUCACUGGCUGGAUAUAUCUCCACCUUCCAAAGCACCUGUGUGCUGUGCAGAACUUCAAGUAGGAACUUGUUUUCAAGCAAUAAACAGGAGGAUUCAGUUACAGAUACUUGAAGCACAGAACCUUCCAGCUUCGUCUACACCGCUGUCUUCAAAUUUCUUUGUGAAAGUUGGAAUGUUUAGUACAGAAGGGCUGAUCUAUAAGAAGAAGACUCGUCUUCUGAAGUCCACUAAUGGUCAAGUGAAGUGGGGAGAAAUGAUGAUUUUUCCAGUUAGCCAGGCUGAACAAGGAAUUAGCUUUCUUAUCAAGCUCUACAGCAGAAGCUCAGUGAGAAGAAAACACUUCCUAGGACAGAUCUGGAUAGGUUCUGACAGCAGUAACAGUGAAGCAGUAGAGCAGUGGAAAGAUACUAUUGCCAACCCUGAAAAAGUUGUUGUUAAGUGGUACAGAAUUGGUCCAUCAUGAAGAUUGGAGAUGAAACUCAGGACUGAUUUUUCUACAAAGAUAUUUCUAUGAUGUUUAAAAUAGUGUAAAUAAAAGCAAAAAUAUUGACUAUACAAGUUCUUCAGAAGUUCUCCGCUGCAUCACACCUCCAUGGAAACUGGGAAAAUUCCAUUUCACCAAGAGAAAUACUGGCUAAAUAUUAUUAAGGGGAAGACUUAGGAACUGGAGAAAGUGCUCACUUGAUUUUUUAAUAAUCCGCAUUGAAAAAUAUAUAACAGAAAUCCAGUCUUGGAAAGAAGCAGCUUGAAUUGGCAUCUUUGUCACUAGUCACCGAUGUCAUCCUUAUCUGCAAUCUUGUCUUUGGCAGACUCCAAACUCUAUGGGAAUCAGUCUGGUCAGUGGCUUGAUCCUAGGUACCUCUGAGUCUCUGGGGUGCACCCCCGUUGAAACCAUUUCAUCGGAGUAGCACAUGCCUGAGCAAGUUGGAAAGCUAAGGCUUAGAAGGAGGCAUAAAGGGGACAAUACAAUAAGACAACACCCAAAGGCUUUUCUAAUUGCUAUCUUUGGUGAAGGGUUGUUCAGUACCUUGACUUCCCCAUACCUGCAGGUUUUUCCCAUCCUUCUCUCUAAACAGAGAGAAUGAAAGUUUCUCUAAGUAUGGUCUUUGCAAGUGGAACCUUCCAGACACGCUCCAUUUGGGUGAAUUCUGUUUGGAAUCAAUGGAACAAUACAAAGAGUCAAUGGCCCUGCCUAGGAUCAGGGCCAAUAUUUUUAGAUAAAUUAUUUUAUUAUGUAGAAUUCUUAUACAUAAACCACUUCCUAUCUAAUCAACAAUGUUCUAGCAUUUGCUUACAUUGCUAAAAGCCAGACUAACAUGUACGAAGGAGUAAGCAAAUAUUUACUGGCAUGAGUGCUUUUUGAUAUUAAUUAUAAUGCAGCACAGUAAGGGACUUUGUUUAAAAAAUGGGCUGCUAUUGCAGAAGUAUUUGUUACAUGUCUGAGAUGCUGAAAAAUUAUGUGUGGGAGUAUAUUUUUGUUACUUGUUUCUAGAAAGAAGAGAUUACCCUAUUUUUAUUGCAAAUUGUAUUUUUACUACAAAAUCUUAAGGUUUUUUUUCUGUUAGUUUCCAUGUUUUCAGGGGUUUAUUCAUAGAUAUUUUUAAGGUGGGAAAAUGCCAUGUAUAUGAUUGAUAAUAUAUAAAGCUCAUACCUCUUUGCACUACUUUAACUUCUGGAUUUAAAAUAUUUGUAUAUGCCAUUAAAUUCACUAAUACACACUUAGUCUUGGCUGCCUGGGCUGUACAAAUACGUAAGUUUGUAUAGAUGCUGAAUAACUGUAUGUUUUUUAUAACUUGGAUCCUCUUCAGACAUCUGACGUGAACUAGAGUGGCAGUGAGGGCACUCGCUGCUGGAAGACAAAGGACCACUGGGGAGCAGAGAAAACACUCUUAACAGGAAAGCACCCCGUAUGUUCAGAGCACCUUUAAUUUUUUUGUAUUUGAGUAAGCAUCAGGAAGGAAUAGAAUCUCCUACAUUAUUUUUUUUAAAUCAUCUGAUAAUUGAAGCUUUUAAAACUUCAACCAUCCAGAUUUUUGUUGUUGAAAUUUAAUAUUUUAAAAAUUGGCAAACUAAAAGGAUUUUCCCAGGCUCUUACAUAAUCAGCAUUUUGACCAGUUUUUAUAAGUGAACUGAAAAAGUUUUUGCGUGUUACCUGGAGGACAAACAUCACUCCUAGCUGACACUCAUUGCAAAGCUUCCAGUAGGCCAGUGGACCUUGACUGACAGCAUUAACUUCCAUCCAGUUAUGACACUUGGGGUGAGCCUUGCUUGUUGGGUAAAACAAAAAAAGGGUCUGGACCAAGCUGAUAUUCUUGGAGUAUCUUUACUUGUAUACAUGGAUCUAUUUUAUUUGUUGUGGCUGAACCGCAGCAAACAAAAGUGCAAACUACCUGUUUUCUUAUGCAGAGUGCUGCUGUAUUUGAAUGAGAGGACAGGGAAUAUAUCCCAGUGUUUUGGAGGCUUCAGUUACCACAGAAGUGGUUCUACAGAGAUUACCAACUCAGUGGAUACUGUGUUAAAUGGACUUUUGGGGCUGGUUUAGGACAUCUAACCUUUUAAAGGCUUAACUAGUAAUGUCUCCUACUUCCUAUGUUAAUAUUUAAUCUAUGUGUUUAUAAUAAAAGUUAUGAACAGAAAGUAUUACAUCUUUUUUUUUUCUCCCCAAUUGUUUAUACUAGUGUUUACCAGCUUCUCAAACAAGUUCAAGCCCUCCUUUUUUCUCUGAGAAAAUUCCAACUAAGGAACUAUUCCAUGUAGUGUUGCCUGUAGGGAAGCUGACAGUUAAUGCACCGAGGAGAUAGAUAAGGCCUCUCUUUGCAAGACUUGUGCAGGUACCAGAGUACUCUUAGGCACUGCUUUAACCUGCGCUCAUUCCCGGGCUUUCUGCAUUUGUGUGUGCAGUCAGGUAAUAAUUGAAUGGAUUCGUAACAGUUGACUAAAGACACUGUGCUUUUUUUUCUAAAAAAAAUUGGAGCACUUAAGUUGCACAUUGCCCAGAUUUGUUCCUUAGUUUGCCCAAAGCUCUAAAAUGUUCCUGAGGAAGCUGCCUAUUUCAGGUUUAGAAAGCAGAAAGUCCUUUAUUUGUCCCACCACACAAAAUUUGCCUCUGCUUAUUACCAGUCUCAGUUGAUUCGAUGCGUGCUCCAUUGCUGAGAGCACGGCAGCAGAGCAGUGGGAUGUCCGCCCCUGUGUACACUCCAGCCAUAUUGUACAUAGUGGGGUAGAGGGGUGAACAGGCAAUGCUCAGCUGCAUUAAGAUGAUGAGGAAAAGAAACUUAGGUUGCACUGUUUUGGUCUUCUCUUAUUCAAGCUGUUGUGUCCUGCUUGUAUUCUAAUUACUGGCUUCCAGCAUCCUUCGAGGAAACCAGUAAUUCUCUUUGCAUUCAAUACUGAGGAAAAUCAUGGAGAAAGACCUGCCCAGCUCAAGAAUCAAAAAGUGCCCAUUCAUUGCAUCAGCAUUUACCUUGUAAGUAGAACAAAGCUGUGCUUUGAACAACCCAUCUCAUCUGAAAUGACAGUCCAGUCUUCCCAAUGAAGCCUGGUUUGGUGCUUCCAAACAUGAGACAAGGGUAUAAAUACACGUUCCUUGCACCAGUCCCUGGGUACAACGGGCUUUAAGAUGGGCUGUUCCAGCAGGAGUUGUAUCAAUUUGAAUGUCUUAAAAGGCCAGCCAGAAACCAUCUGAGAUAUCUUGCCUUUUAAGUGCAUAAAAUUUUGCUUUACUGCUUAGUGACUGCCCCACUGUUUGAGGUACAUUAGAGUCAGUUUCAUGAUUAAUUCAGUUGCUGUAAGUAACUUAAUUUCUCUGAAAACUAGCUGCAUGUUUUUGAGACAGUGUUCUUCUUUUAAGUGAUAAUACAGGGCAUUGGUACACAAAACGGCCAAUACUUACACCAAGGCCAUCCUCAAGCUGGCAGGAAAAGGACCGCACCUGCGAGGAGGAGCAAACAAGACAGGAGACCCUAAACUGACCAAGAGUAUUCCAUAUUCGUCAUAUUCACUGAGAGAUCACGGUGGUCUCAUGCUCUUCUGUGAUGGCUGACAUCCAGUGAGGACCUCGUCUGUCUGGUUGUUCCUGAUCCUGGAUCUGUGUGUUCCUGAAUCAAGUUCCUGAGUUCAGCUCCUUCCUAGCCAUGGAUCCAUUCCCUUGUGUCUGCUCUGCAGUAUUUGUUGUGAUGUAUAAUCAUUAAGGUGUUGAGUAGGGGCGCUAUGUCAUAUAUUUGUGUAU